AUGGCCACAGGCAAGAAGAACGUGGACCCAUUACCUCCCGCAGAUCGUAUCAAACGCCUAUACGCCUCCCUCGUUGCUCAAAUUGACGGCGGUCACUGGAAGGGCGCAGAGAAGACUUGUGAUAAGAUCCUCCGUAUCGACCCAAUCGACGCUGAUGCAAGACAAACGAAACUCUUCAUCUAUCUCCAGAAGGAGGAAUAUCGAAAGGCUCUAGAACUUAUCGACGAAGGGCCCCCAUCGAAUGCAGAAUCAAAGCCAAAACUUUUCGAGAAAGCUUAUGCUUUGUAUCGAUUGAAGCGAGAGGCGGAUGCCGAAGCGAUUCUAGUCGAGAUUAAGAGUCACGAAGAGAUAGAGGCGGAUGAAGAAGAAGAACGGGGUGUCAUGCAUCUCGAGGCGCAGCUGAAUUAUCGACAAGGAAAAUAUCAAGCUGCAUACGACCUCUAUCAACAACUCCUUGACACAACCGAUCCGUCUUCAGAAGAACACCGCGACGUGCAGAUAAACCUCCAAGCCGCACAAACAUAUCUUGACUUCCUAAAUUCGGGAUAUUUGCAAGCCAUAGAUCAUACAUUGGCCUCUAGUCCCAGUACGGCGACUGGUCUAAAGGACAUUGAAAACUUUCCCCCACCCACAGUACCCUCUAAUGCUGUUACCUUUUCUAUUCCAUCGACUUCGGCGUCUGCAAAAGGACCUGCUGCGCAUGAAGGAAAGACGAAAGUCAGGGUCAAACGAUUACCGAAAGGUGUCGUCCCAGGUGUUACGCCCCCUCCCGAUCCAGAGAGAUGGAUCAAGAAGAGUCAGAGAAGUAACAGGCCUAUGCACGGAAAGAAGGCCAAAAGUCGAGCUUCAGGAGCUACUCAAGGGUUCACGACUGAGGCGCCGGUGCCAUCGGGUACAUAUGGUGGUGGUACUGGAAGUGGAAGUGCUAGCGGAGGGAAGGGUCGAAAGAAGAAGUAGUUGAUUAUCAUCGUGCUGGACCGCAGAAUGCAAGAGUACUAUUGUCCGAGCCCAAUGGGUGAAUUCUGGAAGUGAGAUUUCGUCAAUAAUUGCUUCCUCUGCGCUGCUCGAUAUCAACUUUCAGCCGGGUGUUUCUGAAAGCAUCGACAGUCAUUAGAGUCGACAAUGCUUGCCCUGAG